CCAACCAAAAACGCCACAGUUUUUGUGGACGGUUUUCAGAAAUUUCGUUCAAAUGUAUCAUUUGGCUGUAGUAAUCUGUCUUAUUCUUGCGCCACGCUUGUCGGCAUACUGGGACGCGCGAGAUUACCUUGAUGAGGUGGAAGAUGAUUUCCUUCCCGACGACUGGAACAGCGAAGCGCCACUGCAUGAGCUUUUGUCGGAGCGGAGCACUAUAAAUGUACUGCAGGACGAUAUUAUGUAUGCUAGCGCCAUUUACGACAGUCCCGCAAUCUAUCAAGCCAAUCAUGCCCAUGCAUCGGUUGUUAACGAUACCCAAAGAGAAAGGAUCACGUUCUGGUCGGGAGGACAAGUUCCGUACAUAAUCAGUUCCGCAUUUGGUGCAUCGAGCAGAUUUCUCAUUGAGGAUGCCAUGCGCAGGAUUGAAGAAGCGACAUUUGGCUGCAUUAGCUUCGUCAAGAGAACUGUAGAGGACGACUUCGUAUCUUUUCAGCAGGGCAACAACUGUUCAUCCAUUCUCGGAAUGAAUCGUGGCAGCCGGGGUGCAGGGCAGCCGCUUUUCUUGAGAGAUGACGUGAACGCUUCCUGCAUCGUGACGGGAAUUGUGCAGCACGAAAUUCUGCACGCGCUGGGAAUGCUUCAUGAGCACUCCCGACCGGACCGCGAUGCUUACAUUGAAAUCAACCACAACGCGAUAACGGAGGGUCACGAGGCCAACUUCCGCAUUAAGCCAGAGGCGAAGACAUACGGAAUCGAAUACGAUCUGGAGUCCAUAAUGCACUACGGAGCCUUUGAUUUCGCUAAGUCUCUCAAUGUUCCGAUUAUCGUACCGCGGUUUGCCGGCUUCGAAAUGUCGAUGGGACAGCGAAAACGGCUGACUGUGCGCGAUGCGGCUAAGCUGCGGUCUGCAUACAAAUGCCAGGUGGACUCCGGAAAGCCCGUGUCGACCAGACAAGAACCUCUACGGUUUGUCGGGACUCCCUUAACUCCCGAAGAGUGUGAGUUGCAGUUCAAUGAGCACUGUGGACACUUUGCAAUCGACAGGGUCGGCUGUAGGACGUCCCGGAUGUUUUUCAUCAUUUGUAUGUUGGAGGCCGAUGCGGAUUUUUUGUGGAACAUGGCGUUAGCUAUGGCCGAAUAUCCUUCCCGUGCAGUUGGAAUCGUUUUGGCAGAACCGCAAAUAACUCCCGAACCUUUCCGUCCCAUUACUGAGCAAGUAACCGCAUUGAUUAUGAUGGCGUGCACAGUGCCGCAGGCAACAUCGCGACUGCCGUCGCUUGGUUUCAUCAACCUGAAUAACUUCGAUAUGUUGGACUGCCGCAAGAUGAUUGUCAGGAAACAAGAUUUUGCGCAUUUUCCACAACUGAGGAUAAUCAGGUUCAGUAACACAACGCUGGUCCAUUUGGAAAAGGACACAUUUACUAACCUCGAGCAGCUGCGUCUUAUUGCAUGGCAUGUUAAAAUUCACGAAUUCCCGUAUUUUACUGCAGACAUACAGAAGUUUUUGAAUUAUCUGCAUUGCAGCUGUGAACUCGCAUGGCUACGCCACUGGUGGGAGACGAGGAAAAUCAAAAUCAUCAAAGUCUCUUCGAACGUCAGCAAUGCCUGGUUGCCUUAUUUUAACACAGAUCUUCUCAUUGCGGAGGUUUUUCUUCCUAUUGAUUGCGCAGCCGACCCAUUUCCGUCUAAUUUGAGCAUGAUAGAUUUCACCCAGGUGAAUUUCUCAAUUAAUGCGCCGUCGAGGUGUCAGCAAAAUGAAUCGAAUGGUGUGGUCGAUGAUGCAGGCAUUCUGCUCCCAUCACGCUCUAUACUUAACAGUCCAGCGUCGUGUUAACUUAACACGACGCUGGCUGAAUGUCUCACCCAAUUCAACAGGAAAUGUUGGCCUGCUGAAAGCGCAGAAGGGGAUGACCCCAGCGGCUAUUGCUCUCAUGCCGACCAUCACAUGCACAGUUUGACCAUUCGCUGCCAGGCGGACAUCACCAGCCGCGAACUGCAGGACAUGACCUAUAACUUGGCAAAUUUUCGUCCAGUGGCGUGAAAAUCAUUCUGGCAGACGGUGAUUAUAUUUCUUAUCCGACAUUCUCCAUAAUUCGAACACGAGCAUACAGUCUCGGUAUACGCAGAUGCAUGGAUCGCCGCACCGUGGGCAAGCUUUCGGGACUGGAGUUUUCUAAUCUGUUACAUUUUAUGCUGGAAAACUGCCACGCUUUGGCUAUUAGCAAGAAUGAUUUUGCUGGAAUGCCAUAUUUAUACAUGGUUCUCUUCUACAGAUCCACACUGUCUUCUCUGGAGCGCGGGUCGUUUAGUUAUUUACCUGGUUUAAGUAUUUUGUCAUUGGAAGCCGCACUGAGUGAUGCUGUACACUGGUCGAUUGGCACGCGUCAGUAUCUCUGGCAGCUCCACUGUAGCUGCGAAUACGAAUGGUUUCGUUCAUGGUGGACGUCCACACUCAUCCCUAAACUGGAGUACAUCUCUUCGAUUCAAUCAGUUUUGACCACAACAAACAGCGACACGCGGGAUGGACAGAUCAGAGAGUGCUAUUCUACGUGGGGCAUUCGAAACUCCUCACUGCAUGGAUUCUACAUGCUGAAGCGCCCUGUACGCUCUGUGCUGCUCGAAGCCGCGACGACGGCGGACAUUUUGAUAUGUUUUGAGAAAGAGAAAUUAUACAUUCCGGUGGACUGCAGCGCUGAACCAUUUGCUACUCGCCCCAAGGACAUCAACUUUGCGCAGAAGAACUUUACCAUUAAUGGACCGGUUUGCAUCAACGAGACGGCAACCGCUGCACCGGUCCUGCAAAAACGGGACCAGAAUUAUGACAGCAUCACAAAGGCAGAACCAAAAAUUCGCAUUCGGGAAGCGCCCUACGUUCACAAGAGCACUUUCAAAGAGCGCCGAUCACAAAUCCUUACUGUCGCACAAAACCGCCACGGAGGCAGGGAUUUUCAGGAUGACCAAUGGCUAAACACGAGCGAGCUGGCUCACACUACUGGCCUGCUGCCUGUUCAUCGCUUUUGGGAAAAAGGAAUUGUUCCUUAUUCAGUAAGCGAAAAAUUUGACUGGCGAGACACCGGGAUGAUUCAACGCGCUUUACAUGGAAUUCACAUCAAAACAGGGGACUGUGUCGAUUUCGUCAAGAAGACGUCAGAAGUUGAUUUCAUAUUUUUUCAACCAUCAAGCGCAAAUUCAGGGUCUGGGUGCCAGUCUCCUGUUGGACGGCAAGGAGGCGCGCAAAUUAUCACUUUGACUCCAGCUUGUCUUUCUGGUGGGAUAAUUCAGCAUUUGGUACUCCAUUCGCUCGGAUUCUUUCAUGAACAUCAACGGCCGGACCGCGACAAAUACGUAUAUUUCAACGCAAACAGCACGAACGUAACAGGACUGUUUCGCGUACUACCACAGAUGCCUUCUUAUAAAACUGCGUACGAUCUAGAAUCAGUCAUGCAUUUUGGACCAUACGAUUUCGCCAGCACAAACCAACCUGUUCUACUUCCCAGGAAGAGAAGUAACGUUAAAAUGGGACAGAGACGAGGCUUAAGCGUCGCAGAUGUGGUUAAGCUGCAUGUAGCUUAUAACUGCACGAUCGGUGAGAAGACUGUGCAUGCAGAGCCGUUUCCGGAAUUCAUUCCCACUGAUUUCAGCAAUGAACAGUGCGCAUUGUUACAACGUUACGCCUGCUUCCACAGCCAUUCUGACUGCACUAACAAGCGAUUCCUAACCCUAAAAUGUGAAAGAAACCCGCGGUUGAGCAGACUACUUCCAUUGUUAACGGAAGUCAGAAAAUCACUCCAUGCUGUGACCUUGGCCUGGUAUGAUAUGGCAGAUUUCGAUAAAAAAAUAUUUGCACCAAUUCGCCGGCAAGUGAUAGUUUUCGUCCUGGCUUUCUGCUCCGCCAGUAAUUCCACGACUAGUUUGGUCGAAUUUCGCUUCUUCAAUCUACUAAAAUUAACGUUGGAAAAUUGUCAAGAUCUGAUUGUACGGCAAAAGGACUUCUCGGGACUAAAGAGACUAACAACCGUUUUGUUCCGGCGAAGCACGAUUCAGUCACUGGAGUGGAACGCUUUCGCUGGUUUGCCCAGUUUAAGAGUGCUGAGUCUGGAGUUUGGAGUUUCUAUGUACGGUAACGGUAGGCAGUGGGGAGAGCAGCCGCAAAGACUGGAUGUACGUUAUUUGCGAUUUAUCGAGUAUCUCCACUGCCACUGCCAGUUUGCGCAGUUUCGAUCAUGGAUUAAAAGCAAUCGAGCGCUGAUUGCGGAAACUAAGGAUGCUGAAGUUUUCCGCGUCAGAAACGUGCUUGCUAGUUCUGGGUAUACGGUUAAAGAUCUGUACUUUCCAGCUGACUGUAGUAAAGUGCCCUUUGUUGACAAUCCGAAUUUUUUUGAUUUUUCUCGCACCGAGUUUUCGAUUAAUCAGCCCGUUUGUCUCUAAACUACAUCCGUAAACUGCCAUUCAGAUUCGCAUGCGAAUAA